AUGUCCAACCUAGAUUUGCCGCCGUACAUAAUUAACAUGCCAUUUAUCACGGCCAUCCGCAAGGACUGCAUCGAAUACAUCCAGGGAGUGGUGAAGAAGACGCCAUGCAUGGCAACCGCACUAUACUACGUAGUCGACGAGCACCAAGCGCUGUGCAUGUUCGACGGCGUGGUGCACUACCCCAUCAUCCUGCUCAUGACGCCUUUCGCCUUCGCUAUGCUCUUCAACAGCAAGCGAGUUCUCCGUUUCUUCAUGCAAACCACCAACACCAUGAAUGCGCCGUGCUACAUCGCCGACAGCCUCGAUCCACAGGGUGUCUGGUACAACCAGUACCGUCUGAUUGAGUUCUCGCCGCUCUUUGUUCGACGACCCAACCCCGACCUCUACAAUACACUGCGUGAAUUCCAGUUCAAUUUCAACGGCAAGCACACCCUUAAGUGCACCACCUACGAGAAGAAACGCAAGGUUAGGGAGAACGCGAUGACGGCUGAGAGCCCAUGGGAGGCCUUGUGGUGUGUGUGGAAUGAGUUCCGGAAUCCGGCAAUUAUGCUAGACUGCUCGUCAGAGCUCUUUAUCGCCGGCUGUGAUGUGCGCAAACUAGCUGCGAGGAUAGACUUGUCAAAACUCCUCACUGAGUGCCGAUCCACGCGCACGUCCAACACGCACAUCGCCUACUUCUUGCAGCUCACAAUAUUCCAUGGAGUUGACCUGCAGGUGUCAGACGUCCUCGCCAAUUACCUUAAUGCCAUACUCCAACUGACGACAGUUGAGGGGUGCAAUGAUACAGUGCGUAAGAAUCUUUUUAUCUCUGUCUAUAACCUAGGAGGGGACCGAUGCCUGGACUACGAAGACGUCAUCAAGACUUUGCAAAAGCUCAUGCGCAUAGCCACUCUGCCCAUACACGACCAACGCUCGCUCCAAAUGACGUGCGUCCGGCGAAUUCGUCAGAUUCUUCCUGGCUCUGGUUUCUACAGCACGGUGUGGAAGAUGAAGCUGCUCAAUGAGUCUUCAAAGAGAGUCCUCAUGACCGGACUCAUCAAGCAUAAGCAGCCUCCACAGACGACGGAGGAAAUCGACGCGCAAAAGCAGGUGAAAACGCCAUGGAAGGUGAGAAAGUCGAAGCUCAUGUCGGAAGUGCCUCCCAUCCAAAAUGGUGCUGGUGGUGGCGAGGAGAUGGUGCCGCCCACCACCCCCGAGGCUCCUUUAGUACCAGUCAGACGAGAGACACCCAGAUAUAAGCCUGACGAAAUUUCGUCGGUCGAGAACUCCGAAUACAAGGAGGGAUUUGACAAAACGGUGAUUUCCAGUGAAUCGGAAGUGCCAACGUAUCGCACCAUCCAUGGAGGUGUUUCGACCACAUCAGAUGAUGGAGAGACGGAGUGA